CACUCACUUAAGUGACAGCUACGAUGAUGUUAGGAUUGUCUCUAUAUUUGAGUUUUGUUGGACUUGUCUCUUCGUCUGGAGGUUUCAGUCCACUCCACUGUUAUGACUGCAACUUUAAAACUUUUACAUACGGUAAUGGACUAAAAGCCACUCACCAAGCCUGCGUUGAUCCAGAAAAAUAUGGUCACCUCCUGGCAAAAGUACCGUGUGACACUGCGUGUUUUAACAGACUUGACGAGAAUGGCUUCGUCUACAGAGGCUGUUACACCGGGAACUUCGGUGUGGACUCCAGUCAAGACGGUUGCAGUUUUCAAGUUGGAGCCACGUGGUGUUUUUGCCGUAUGUAUCUCUGCAAUACUGCACUGAAUUUUACAUUGCUGCCUUGACCGUACCGUAACCGUGGAUUUCAAAGAGAUGAAACGUUUUUGAAAUUUUCAGGAUGUUGUAUUUGAAUAAAUUCCGCAAUCUUGUAAACUUAUAAACUUGAAAACUGAAGAAAACUGUUGGAAACUCAAGAAAACAAAACAGUACACUGUCUGGGAGACCAUAACGCAUGCAAAAAAGCUGUUUAAUACUAACACGGAUAUUUAUAUGAGAGACAAAAUCUCAAGAUGUAUAUCAACGAAUUACUUUCUCAAUUCAAAAUUUACGCUUUUGCUUGCAUAUGUAUGAUUUCCAAAAGUUUAUGAAAUAAA